CCGAUAAUAUCGAAGUGGUUACCGACUAGUAACAGUGCGUGUGCGCCAAAUUGGAUCCAUUACCGUGUAAUAGACUAACGGGUGUCUCUUGUCCGUCAAUUGCGUUGAUGGGUCCUAAUGACCACGGCGCGGGAGGCGCUGGUGGCGUGUGCGUGGUGGUGCGUGCGGCGACGCCCGGGCGCGGUAGCGGGCGUAGCCCCCUAGCACGGACCCGAGCAGGAGUCGCGGCGCGGGCGGCCCCUAGACCGGUCAUGGCGGGGGCUCAGAAAGGCAUGGAGCGCUGGAUAGGCCGAGUAGCGCUGGUCACCGGAGCGAGCUCUGGUAUUGGAGCGGCAGUCGCCCGCGACCUGGUGUCUCACGGACUGACCGUGGUCGGACUGGCCAGGAGGAAGCACAGGGUCAAGGAGAUCGCAGAGGAGCUGAUAGAAUGCAGAGGCAAGUUGUACGCGGUAAAAGCAGACAUCAGCAAAGAGGAAGACAUCGUGCACGCAUUUAUCUGGGUGGAGAAGACUCUAGGAGGCGUUGACAUCCUAAUCAACAGCGCCAGCGUUACAGCCAGUGUGCCCAUUGUAGACGGAAAGUCAGACGAAUGGAAGAGGAUCUUCGACGUGAACGUGUACGGCCCAAGCAUAUGUGCCAGGGAGGCUGUCAAGUCCAUGAAGGGCCGCGGGGUGGACGACGGCUACAUCAUCAAUAUAAACACAUUGCCCCCCAGUCCAGGCGGAGCUCGAGACAGCAUCCUGAAAGCCUCCAAGUUGGCGCUAACAGUUCUCACAGACGGCCUGAGGGCGGAGUUUACAGAGGCCAAGUCUAGGAUCAAAGUUACGUGCGUCACCCCAGGAGCCAUGACAAGUGGGGAGACCAACAAAGGUACUCCGGAGAUCCUUCGAAGACAAACUCUCCUAGAGGAGAGGCAUGUUGCUGAAAUGGUCACAUUUAUAUUGGCCACCCCACCUAACAUACAGGUGUCCGAUUUGACCUUGAAGCCGAUAGCCAGUAAGCCAGCCACGUUCCGCCCUCGGCUGUCCAAGUGAUCGUGAUGACGUCACAGCACGCUUCACUCACUACGUCACAGUUCCUGCCCACCAGUUCCGCGCCUAUCAGCUGUUUAGCUCUAUCAGCUGUUGUAAUAUUUAUUUAAAAUAUAUA